GUCCGGUUAUACCUUUGCGACAGUCACCUGCAACUAGACCCAUGAGCUCUGGAGGAGAGACCGCAAACAUAAUAUGCUUCAAUUGUCGAUUAAUGGGACACUUCAGCAGUCAGUGUCAGAAGCCGAAGCGCCCGGAUGGAGCUUGUUUCGAUUGUUUCGAGACUGGGCACCAAUAUCGGCAGUGCCCAAACCGUAGGAGAACAGCUGCCCUCUCAACUAGUGACGGGAAGGACGAGAAGGAUGGUGACGACGAUUCCAUUGGAGGAAAUUCCUUUAUUCAAUUAAUACCGGAAGCCCAUUGAGUUUCGUAAGCAGGGGCGUU